AUGGAAGCUAAAAAAAAGCUUAGUGGUUCAGGAUAUAGAAAGCAAGCAAAAAUUAAAAAAUUAAAACACGAUGCAUUAAUUAAGAAUUGUAGAAAAUUAGAUAGUAUGUUCAAGCCAUCGAAUAAUUCAAAUACAGAUGAUAAACUGGAGAUGUUAAACCAAGGUACACAAAUACAAAUGAACCCAGAUUAUUCAAAUGUAAACAGUUCUGAACAGUACAAACCUACAAAAAGUAGUGGUUAUAUUGAGACAGAAAAUACAGAUGAUAAACUAGAGAUGUUAAAUCAAGAUACACAAAUACAAAUAUACCCAGAUUAUUCAAAUGUAAACAGUUCUGAACAACACAAACUUACAAAAAGUAGUGGUUAUAUUAAGACAGAAAAUAGUAUUUCUGAGAUAAAUACUGAUAUAUUGUCAUCUAAGAAUAAUGAAACUGCUGAUGUUUUGUUUGAGCCUACUGAUAUUCCUCGAUGUGAUCCUGCUUUAUGGAAAAUAAACGAGUUCACUAUAGAAUAUAUUUGUAUUAAUGGAUUUUCUCAAGAUUUAAAUGAUUUAAAUUUUACCAAGUCUAAACGAGCAUAUACAAAACUUCACAAAAAAACUACCAAAACCUACUAUAGAUUUUGCAAUAAAAACUAUUGGAACACAAGACUAACUAAUGGUGAUUCAAUUAAACGUAAUUUCAUUGCAUACUCAGAAAGUAAGGGUGUAAUUUACUGUAUCCCAUGCUUGUUGUUUGGCAACAUAAAUUCAUCUUCAUUUGCUUCAAAAGGAUUUUCAAACUGGAAAAGAGCUGAAGAGCUCAUAUCACAACAUGAAAAUUCUUUAAAACAUCGUUCAAAUAUUCUAGCAAUGAAAAAUCGAGGACAAACACAUCAAAGAAUUGAUCAACAAAUAAUACAACAAAUUGAAAAUGAACGUAUGUAUUGGAUCAAUGUUUUAAAAAGAGUUGUGGCAAUUGUUAAAACAUUGGCAUCAAGAGGUUUAGCAUUCAGAGGACAUACUUCAAAAAUUGGAUGUCCACGUAAUGGAAAUUUUAUGAUGGCACUUGAGUUAUUAGCUGAAUUUGACCCUUUUAUAUCAAACCAUAUUUCCAAAAAUGGUAAUCCCGAAAAUACUAUUAUUCAAGAUGUCAAUACUUCACGAUAUUUUUCAAUUAGUGUUGAUUCAACGCCAGAUAUUACCCACACUGAUCAACUUUCUUUAGUUGUACGAUUUGUUGAUGAGAGUGGUAAUGUAUUUGAGCGUUUUUUAUGUUUUAUGAAUAAUGUUGGACAUAAAUCAGAAGAUAUGGCUGAAGCAGUGAUAACAAUUCUGAAUAAGUACAAUUUGAAUCUUAACUAUUUAAGAGGGCAGUCAUAUGACAAUGCGAGUAACAUGUCUGGUAGUUACUCUGGAUUACAAGCUAGAAUAAAACUGAUAAAACCAUUGGCCAAGUUUGUUCCCUGCUCGGCUCAUUCAUUACAUUUAGUAGGACAAAAUGCUGCCAGCUGUUGUAAUGAAGCUAUUCAUUUUUUUAACUUUCUUCAAAACUUGUACACAUUCUUUUCAGCAUCAACUUACCGAUGGCAGAUUUUAAAUUCUUCAAUCAAGAGAUUAUCAGAUACAAGGUGGUCUGCAAGAGAUGAUGCAUGUUAUUCAUUAAAUAAAAAUUGGUCAUCUAUUGAAAAUGCUUUAAUUAAGAUUGGAGAAAAUGAAAAAGAAAAACCAGCUAUUCGAUGUGAAGCAAAUGGUAUACUCAAAAUACUUAAAUCAUUAGAAACAUCUUUCUUGUCAAUUUUUUGGGGAGACAUAUUACAUAGGUUUAAUACAGUUAGCAAAAAACUUCAAAGUGUAAAUAUUGAUUUAAGUGUUGUUGUUGAGCUUUAUCAAUCAUUAAUUAAUUAUGUUGGUGAUAUUCGUACAGAUAAAGAUUAUGAAAAUUUUAAAAGAAAUGCUAUUGAAAAAUGUGGAAUUAUGAACUUUAGAAAUACUAAAAAGCGACAAAAAAAAAUUAAAAAAUUUAGUGAUGACAGUUCAAUGGAAACUGCAGACAUAAGGGUAUCUGCUGAGCUGUUAAGAAAUGAAUAUAAUACAGAUUUGGGAACUUCAUUUCCUAAUGAAUGUAUUCAUUUUAGCAGCUAUUUGAAAACUAUUUCUAAUCCUCCUCAAAGUAUUCAAGAUAUGUUAGUGUUUAUAAGAAAAAAUAAUUUGAAGGAUAUUUUCCCUUAUAUAGAUAUUGCUUUAAGAAUGUUACUAUGCACUCCAGUUAGUAACUGCUCAACUGAGAGGUCAUUUUCAGCCUUAAAACGUAUAAAAUCAUAUUUAAGGUCAAACAUAGGCGAAAAAAGGCUCACUGCAUUAGCAAUCAUGAAUAUAGAAUCUGAUGUUACUACAGCAAUAAGCUACGACGAUAUUAUUCAAGAAUUUGCUCAAGACCAUGCACGACGAAAAGUAUAA